AUGAUGCCUGAAACAGUAACAGAGGGAGGAGAAGUGACACUGACCUGCAGCACUUGCACUCAGAGCGACAACCCCACCCUCAUCUGGUACAAGAACAAGCAGCCUGUGUCAGAACAACACCCAACCAACAAGCUGCAUCUAAAACCAGUCAGCAGUGAGGAUGCAGGCAGCUACUCCUGUGCUGUAAAAGGAGAUGAGAGUCUCUCUUCAACUGCUGUCUUUCUCAAUGUCACAUAUGUGCCAAAGAAUGUUUCAGUGUCCAUCAAAGUCUCUGGUGAAAUAGAGAAGGGCAGUUUAGUGUCUCUGACCUGCAGCAGUGAUGCCAACCCACCAGUGCACACCUACACCUGGUAUAUGAAGAGUGGAGCUGAAUCUCUUAUGAGGGGCACAGGGGAGAGUAUCAGCUUUAAUACUGGUGGACUUUACUACUGUAAGGUGCAGAAUGAAGUGGGCUCAACAAACUCUGAUGCAGUCACAAUUGAGACUAACGAUGAACAACCUGCUGUCAUGAUGGUGCAAGCUGGAAUAAUUCUUUUUAUUAUUCUUACAUUCAUACUGGUGUUUGCAAAUCUGUGGUUGAGGAAAAGGAAAAUAAUUAAUUUGUCUUCAAGUCCACAUACCUUAGAGGCUGAUGCCAGUGAUGUUUAUGCCAACGUCAUGCCAACCACCAUGGCCUCUGACCCAGGGCAGAGAGGGGACUCUCACGGGAAUGAAAAUGAUGUCAAUUACGCCAGCAUCCAGUUCCAACCACGUUCUAAAAAACAAAAGUCUCGCUACAGCAAUGAUGAAAGACUUCAGCAGCUCAAACAAGAUGAGGAUGUGGUCUAUGCCUCUAUUCAGCAAAGCCAAUCAAAUACUGCCACCUGGACUGAUGGUGAUUUUCCAGUCUACGCCGCCGUCAACAAAGUAGUUCGUGACUAAGCACAGUCACAAUACAGUGCGUCAAUUAAUUCAUUAAAGGAAUAUUUUGGUAUUUUACACGUUAAGCCCGUUUUCUAUAUUGCCUAGCAUGAAAAUGAGUGUUUGCUCACUUUGUGCAUGGACUAUUCUGUCCUUAAAAGAUCCCUACACGUUCGUUUUUAAAAAUGUGCAGCUCACCGAGUGGUUACUGGUCUUCAACGAUCUUCUAUAGCAAGUUUCGCAGUGAAAUUAAAAUUCUGUUACAUUAGGCACACACUGUUGUGAGGUAUCUGAAAAAGUACUUCUGUGAUUUCGAAAACUCCUGGUAAAAGAUGACAAAAGUUGUAUUUCGGUGUCAAACACUCGUUUUCAUGCUAGGCAAUUCAGAAAACGGGCUUAAAGUGUAAAAUACCAAAAUAUCAAGACACAGUGAAAUGCCACAUUAUGUAUUUUUCUCUUUUUCACAUUGCUAUUAUUUCUUUAUUGCAGCUAUUUUGUAAGUGACAAGUAUCUAGAUAUCCUUUGUUAUUGCUUCACUGUUUAGCCAUUAUGAAUUUAAUAUUGAAUAUCAAUCAAAAUGUAUGAAGAUUGCACGUAUACCCAAUAGCAUUGUUCUAAAAGGGCAACAGCCAUUUUAAAUGGAUAAUGGCUAUCUACAGUAUCAUGCUGUUUUUUUUAUUGCCUAUUAACUGUUAACUGUUAAUUACUCUGAAUGCUCUGAUGACCUUCUAUUGGCUUUGUGACC